AUGGGUGGUACAAGACGAAACCCUGACACCCAGGAUACUUCGAAUACGAUUAUCCAAGAAAGGAUGUCUAAAAUGGAAAUUAAAUUUCAAGAGGGAUUGGAUAAACUACGUAAAGAUUAUAUAGAACAGAAUUCAUCCACCUUCGAUCAGGGAAUUCCUGCAAGCUUAGAAAAAAAACUCAAACAAUUCGAGAUCGAAAUCAAGGAAGACAUCAAAAACCUAAAAGAAGAACUUUUAUCGAUUCAAUCCAGAAUUCAAAAAAAUGAACAACAAGUUGAUAAAAUUCAAAACAGUAGCAACAAUAAAAAGCUUUUACUGAGGGGUGUUCCCGAGAAGGAUAAUUCCAGCGAUAUGACGAAGGAAUUAUUGAAUAUUUUCAACAAGAAAAUGAAUAUCAACAUCCAACCAACAGAAUUAGUCACCUGUUAUCGCCUGAGAAAAAAUGAUAACAAACAGAAGGAUAACAAGCCGUCACCUGUGAUUGUCGAGUUCGUUACCCAGUGGCGUCGUGAUGAAAUUUUCUUCAGUAAGAGUCGACUAAAGGGAUCCAAUCUGUUGAUAUCUGAGGUGCUACGAAGGGAUGAAAUACAACUAUUCCAAAAGGUGCGACAGGCUUUCGGAAAUAAUUCCUGGACGAAGAGAGGUGUAUCGGAAACAUGGCUCAAUAAAACAAUUAACUACGAAAACAUCAUAAUUGACGGAUAUAGGGGUAUCUAUCAAAGUAAAAAUGGUAGAGGUGGAGGCGUGGGAUUAUUCAUCAAGGAGGUGAGAGAGUUCAACCUUCUGCUCAGUUCCAUGGGCCUGGCCCAAGUUUUUACCCAUCCUACUAGAGUAACAUUACAAAGCGAAUCCCUAAUUGAUCUGAUCAUUAUGUCUGAUAAUAUGGAAGUGGUCAAGUUUUAUCCAACUACAUGGAAAAAGGCACUUGUAAUCCCAAAACCAAAAAAAACAUCUCCUAAAGAAUACAGGGACCUCAGACCUAUAAGCAUCCUCCCAUGCUUAUCGAAGAUUCUUGAAAAAAUAAUUAACGAACAACUAAUUAAUCAUAUAGAAGCUAACAAUAUCCUUCCUGAAACACAAUCUGGUUUUAGAAAAUAUCACAACUGUUCUACCACUCUAGCAGAUAUCACGGAUGACAUCUUUCGUGCCACAGAUAAUGGUAAAUCCACAUUGCUUGUUCUCUUAGACUAUAGUAGAGCCUUUGACACCCUUGAUCGGUCUAUAUUGUUGGCAGCUCUCCACUACAUAGGUUUGGGUGAAAGCGCGGUUGCCUUUUUCAGUAGUUAUUUUGAUGGGAGGACUCAAAGAGUCAUGAUAGACGGUGUUCUAUCCGAGGAACUACCUGUGACUAGAGGUUGUGCACAGGGAUCAAUUCUGGGAGCAACUCUUUACAUAGUGUACACCUCUGAGCAAGAUUGCUCUUUUAAUAAAUGCAAAGCUCACUACUACGCAGACGAUACUCAACUCAACAUCACCUUCACAUCAAUGCAGAAAAAUGUACGGCAUUACUUUUCGGUCCUAAAAAUUGUAGAGAACAAACUGAAAAAUUGGUGA